UAUAUCUUGUCCUUUAGAUAUCGCCCAAAACAUCAGUAACUGGUCGCGAGUAACUGUUGUUCUGGGUUUUAAUGACCCACUAUGGUUUUCAUUGUGCGUGCUGCCAUGAAAGUGACCGCUUGAGUGAAUGUGUUCGCUGAUGCCUAGUGCUUGUGCUUGGCACUGCCGCGGAGUUCCCCACCCACCUACUACGCCUACUACAUGCCAUCUAAGCUUCCCACCUGCUCAUAGCCAAACACUCCACCACUCCCCCAUUUCAGGUUCUCGCUCAUUCUUCAACCAUGGAUACAGCAUUGAAGACAUGGGAGCUGGAGAACUCAAUCAAACUGGUGGACCCAGUCAAAGAUGCCCUUUACACUUACGACUCAACACGGCAAAAGCAAAUCAACAAUGUCAAGCCCUGGAGGAUGGAUUUGAACCAUUUUACCAAUGUUCGCAUCUCCGCUGUCGCCCUUCUCAAAAUGGUCAUGCACGCCCGCUCUGGCGGCUCCAUUGAAGUCAUGGGCCUCAUGCUCGGUAAAAUCGAAGAUCGAACCUUUGUGGUGACUGACGCUUUCCGUCUCCCCGUAGAAGGCACUGAGACACGUGUCAAUGCACAGGACGAAGCCAACGAGUACAUGGUGGAGUUCCUGACAAGGGCGCGAGAGCAGGGUCAGAUGGAGAAUGCGGUCGGAUGGUAUCACAGUCACCCUGGCUACGGCUGCUGGCUCUCUGGUAUUGAUGUCGGCACCCAAAAGACACAGCAAUCAUUCUCCGAUCCAUUUCUCGCCGUCGUCAUUGACCCCGACCGCACCGUGUCUGCCGGCAAAGUCGAGAUCGGCGCCUUCAGAACGUACCCAGAGGUCUACGUCCGGGAAAAGGAGAAAUCGGCUGCAGGCGCGAAAGGAGGCGCGGGUGAAGACGGCUUCCAGACAAUUCCUCUCGGAAAGAUCGAGGAUUUUGGCGCACACGCUAAUCAUUACUACGCACUUGAGGUCUCGCACUACAAGUCGUCGCUAGACGCCAAAAUCCUGGAAGCCCUCUGGAACAAAUAUUGGGUUGGUACACUUGCCUCGUCUCCACUCAUCUCGAACCGUGACUACGGAACGAACCAGAUAAAUGAUCUAGCACGGAAGAUGGUGCAGGAGAACGGGACCUUGAGCAGGAAGAGCGCUUUUGGAGGGGAGUCGAAGGGUCAGUUAGGGAAACUGGGGGCUGCAGGAAGCAAGAUCGCAAGGGAAGAGGAGAUGGGCUUGCUGAGCGCCAAGGUCAAAGAGCAAGUCUUUGGACUCAGUGCAACGCCUAGGGACGCCCAAGUUGGACAGGAGGUCGACAUGAAAAGCUGAGGUAGGAUUC